AUUACAUGAAGACAAACAGUCUUUGCCAAAUUUUAAACGGGUGUUCAAUAGGACUAUAAUCAAAGUGAAAAUACACAGAGUUUUUUUAUACCGAAUUCAAUGAUUAUAAUUUGAAGUUCUUCAAUUUGGUGUAAACAUUUGUAAUGACACCUAUGAAUGGAUAAAGGAGUUUUUAUUAUGUGAACGUGACGUCGAAAAUACAGUUUAUUAUACAGUGAUUUAUAUUUAUACCUUCUCAUUCGUUUUUGGAGAAUUCGAUCCAACAGUUAUAAUUUGUUGAACAAUGCAUGUCAUCAGCCAAGCACAAACACAUCAGCCAAGGCCUUCAAUUGCAGUAUCAGGGAGAGAUGGGUAUCUUUCGCCGGACUACCAUCACCAUUCGCCACAUUCGCCUCAUUUUUUGCGAAAACAUCGCAGGAAUGCAUCAUGUGAAUCCAAACGGUCCGAACUAAUUCCGGAAGGAAGUGAGCAUGAUACUGACCAUGAAUCCGUUUGUUUGAUGGAAAAGCCAGAGUUCCUGGAAACUGCCAGUUUAACUGAUGGUCAUAAUUGCAAACAAGAAGAAUGCGAAAGGAUUAUUAUCAAUGUCAGUGGUUUAAAGUUUGAAACACAACUGCGGACACUCAAUAGACUUCCCAACACUCUUCUUGGAGAUAAAUUUAAAAGAGAAUAUUACUGGGAUGCUAAGCGGAAGGAAUUUUUCUUUGAUCGACAUCGACCAAGUUUCCCCGCUAUUUUGUAUUUCUACCAAAGUGGUGGAAGGCUUUUAAGACCUAUUGAAGUUCCAACUGAUGUUUUUCUAACCGAGUUGCAAUUUUUUGAGCUUGGAACAAAUGUUAUUACUGCUUAUAAGGAAUCUGAAGGAUUUUUAAUUGAAGAUACUGGACAUGAAAUAAUGCCAAAAAAUCCUCUUCAAAGAAAGGUCUGGGAGCUUUUUGAAUACCCAACGAGCUCAAUAGCUGCUAAAAUUUGCGCAUUGUUAUCCGUCAUUUUUAUUGUUGUUUCUGUUGUAAACUUUUGUGUGGAAACUUUACCUCAAUAUGCAAAUAUGGGGUGUAAAAAUGUAACACACUUUCAUCUUGGAAAUGUAACUACUCGUAAAGAAGUUCCUGUCUUUGCGCAGCCUAUUUUUAUCAUAGAAGCAACAUGCAUGUCGUGGUUCAUUAUAGAAUUGAUAUUUAGAGUCAUCAGUUGUCCUUCUAAAAUCCUUUUCAUAAAGAAUUUUGUCAACUGGAUUGAUAUAGUUUCAAUUAUGCCGUUUGUUGUAUCGUUAGCCAUGCUCUUUAUAAGCGGAGAAUGCGAGGGAUCAUCAAAAACUGGUGCUAUAUCGGUUCUUAGGGUUUUAAGAGUUGCAAGGAUACUCAAAUUGAGCAAGCAUUCUGAAGGACUACAACUUCUAGGGAAAACAUUAAGAGACAGUGUACAAGAACUUAUGAUGUUCGUUCUGUUCCUUGGAAUAGGAAUUGUCAUAUUUUCUGGUGCUAUUUUUUAUGCGGAACUAUCUCAAGAAAACACGCACUUUACUAGCAUUCCCGGAUCGUUUUGGUGGGCAGUCGUUACCAUGACAACUGUCGGAUACGGAGAUAUGUAUCCGGUUGGAAUUUUUGGCAAGAUUAUCGGCACUUUGGCAGUUUUAUGUGGACUGCUGUCAAUUGCACUACCAGUUCCUGUAAUUGUGACAAAUUUUAGUAACUAUUACCGCGCAUCUACUGGUAGAGGUGGCUUUUGAUAUUUGGAAGUGUCAAACAGAACUGUCAGUCGUUGUAUACACCUUUAAUGGUUUAAUUCAUUUAAAUAAUGUAGUCUUAUUUCUAAAUUCAUUUAUUGUUUUUUUUGACGAAUGAAAACUAAAAGAAAACAUAUAUACCUAAGAAAUGUAUAAAAAAAAGAAGAAGACUUUAACAUGCACCAGAAUAAAAUAGAUAUAAUUUUGGGUAAUAUAUUCUGGUUAACCAAAAAAGUGGCCAACUUAUUUAAUUCAUGUCGGAUCAGGAAUUCUUAAACACUGUUCCAUUAUGCAAGAUUAAUAUUUCAGUAUUUUUAACUUAGAUGAGUUACCAUUGUUAUUUCUACGGAUUAUUUUGUUAUAAAUAGUCUACUUCGACAUUAUUCUAAUCCGGCUAUCUAUUCGUGUCCGAAGUUUCAAAAACAUUACGUCACAUGGUAACUAUUGUUUGGUAUUAUUUACUAAAGGAUAUUUAAGUUGUAAUAAAGGUUUUCCUUGUGAAAACUUUGUAUAAUACCAGUAUAAUGUCUUUCAAUUACUACAUACAUACACAGUGACAUGUACUAGAGUGUUGACGUAAAUGGAAAUGUUCAUUUCACUUCACACGAGUUAUAAAUCUCAUCACACAAAGUAAAACUCAUCACUUUCAUAUUUUGUUUACGUAAUGAACGAGCCUCGUGUAUUUUCAUUAAAGAUUUCAGAUAAACACAUUCUUUGAACACUUCUGGCAACUUUACAAUAUAUUUAUAUUUAGGAAUAUUUUAUUUGUUUCGUCGGAUGAAAUCUUUUAUAACUGGUUGUACAUAUCAUACUUGCAUUUGGAUUAAAGAAGAUGUGUGGAUUU